AUGGGGUUCACAUAUUUCAUUUCCUGGCUGGGACUAGGCUCUAACCAGCAGACUUCCAGCCGAGCCCCGGAACUCGCAAACGGUCCCCAGACUGUCUGGCUCCUUCCCUCUCCCCUCAGCUCGGGCAGCUCUCGUCCCAACCCAGCCUCUUCCGUCGGUCACGUUGUUUCCUCCGCUAGCAAGGACCUCUUUCCUCUGCGGGCCCUUCCCAACGCUCCGGGAACUUCUACACAGCCGGAGCGCCUCGGCUUCCAGCCACCCUUGCCUCCUGACGCGCUGGCUUUGGGACCGAACCCAGCCUUGCAGCGAGCGCCCGUUCUCCGGGGCGCAGCCCCUGUCCGCACCCCACCGCCACCUGGCUCCACCGCGGCCGCUCGGGAAGCCUCAGGCGCUUCCCAGAAUAGAGAGCAGCGGCUCACGUCAGGCUGCAGCCCGCCGCGGAGUUCUCGGCGCACCGGGUGCGGGCGGAGGGGAUGUGACUCUGCUCUGGCCUUCCGUCUCCCUACACGGGCCGGGAAACUGAGGCCCAGGACCGGAGAACCUCGGCGGGGUGCAGAGUACGCGCGGGCCCGACCAGUCCCGGGCCCCGAGCGUCCCGACUCCCGGCGCCAGACCCGACUAACUCGCCGCGAGAAAGUUGUUGUCUCCCAGCCCGUCCUCGCCUCUCACCUCCGAGACACACCUUCCCGCUGGCCCUGGCGGCCGCGCUCUCACAUCCGGUCCACCUUGCGCACACCCCUUUCCACGCUCUCUCGCAGCCCGUCUCCCUCCCACGCCAGUGGCUCCCAGCCGCUCCCCCGCGCCCCCUCGCGCACUCCCACCCGCGCCCCGGGCGCGCCUUCCCCGCCGCGCCCGCCGGGGAGCUGGCGCUCGGGAGCCCCGGUCCCGGGCCGCGACCCGCUUCCGCCCGCCCGGCGCAGGGCAGGAGCCCGGGGAGGCGCGCGGAGCGCUCGCAGCGCGAGGCCAGGGGCGCACAGCGCGGGGCGGGGAGGGGGCGCUCGCUCGCUCACUCUCAGCUGCGCACACGCCGGUACAAACUCUCACACAGACACGAGCGGGGUGCGCUGCCGCCGCCCGCCGCUGCUCCUCCUCCCGCCACCGCCUUGA